UAAAUUUUUGAGAUUCUCUCCAUCUAUCUAUAUUUUAUCAAAUGUCCCGACUGACUCAUCAACGCCUAGCCCAAACCUCUAAACUUAGAAACCUAGAAACAUGAAAUUCGGGAAUUAUAUUCCUUCCAUGAUGUAAGCACUAAGAAGGGAUUUUUAGAAAUUUGACCCCUAACGGGGUGAAUAGGGAUAAAAUAUGUUUUCACGGAUUCCUCAAUAUUUCUUAAGCCUAAUGAGAUAUCGACUUGAUUUUUGCUUACAAAGGUUACCUAUACAAAUGCUUAAAAACAUAAUUUAGGAUUUUGUCUUAAUCAACCUCCUAAAGGGGCAAAUCUAAAUUCGGGGGUAAAUUAUAGAAUCCUUCGCAUACCGUAGCGAAGCACGGGUGUAUCAAGCUAGUAUUGUUAUAUAAGUAGAAUUGUCAAAAAUUGGAUGAAAAAUAAAUAAAUCACAAAAUAAACUUUGUAGUUAUUUUUGACAUUAUUGGGUGUUGGAAUUAAUUUUUUGGUUUUUCUAAGAGAUGGCAUAACUAGAAUAUUCCACGCCGGUGCAUACUGUUGCCAACCUUAUAUAAAAGUCUUGUUAUUAAGCUUUAAGAAUCAGUAGAAGCCAUUUCGUUGAAGUGUGAGUAACAAGUUUUUUGGUGCGUCAAAAAUUUCGAGUUUUGAGCCAUCGAAACGGAAGCGAAAACGGAAGCGAGAAAUUUUUGCGGGAAGCCAGGCUUUUUUGCUUUCACCUAAAGAAAAAAACUGUUGACUGUCAUCGUUUGUUCCUGGAAGCUUAUGGUGAUUCUACUCCAAUACUGGACAUUCUUUCGCCGAGAAAUCCGUCUUUUACCAGAAAGAUAGGAGAAAGUUGUGGACAACGAUGGGCAGUACUUUGAAUGAAAAACAUGAUUUUGAAAAUCCAGCAAUUUACACACACGCGAUGGCGCAAGUCGCAGAUAUUGACAAGUAUCUAGUUAGCGAUACGAUAUUUGAGAAAAUAAACAGCAAAUUUAUAAAAAUGGAUUCCAAUGACAUAAAGGAUCAAAAUCAGUUCUUGAAAACGUUUUUUGAAAAGCUCAUAAACGCUAUGCGACAGCAGAGUCCGUUAUUUGCUAAAACAUUUCAAAGAAUUAUUUGGGUUGGAAGCUAUUAUAAAGGAACUCGAUUUGGAGAACCAAAAGAAUACGAUUUGAAUUUUGUGGUCAAUCUACCCUUCGAAGAAAAAGAUAUACAGUUUAGGGCAGAUCGACCAGGUUUUAUUAAGAUACGCGUACCGGUUUGGAAAGCUAUAAGCUCGCAGAAUACUUUAAAUUUAGUUCCGGAAGCAUAUAAGGAAUUGAAUUCCUUCAUUGAUGAAGAAUCAUAUCUGAAUCAAGAAAAAUUUCGCACUUGGAUAGAAAGAAUUUUGAGUAAAGUGGCUCACGCUACUGGUGACAAAAAUGACAGAAUUAUAUUUCAUGAUUAUACACCAAUAAGAAAAAGAAAAUCAGGACCAGCGUUUACGUUAAAUUUUAAUUACGGAAGAAACGAUGAAAAAUCUAUCGACAUCGAUGUGGUUCCCGUUUUAACUUUUUCCAUUCAUGCUUUGCCACCGAAAUCUUCGAAAAUGAAUAUUUUACAAUCUCGCCCAAAUAGAUGUUGGUCUGCAGUUCCCAAACCUUUGAACAACAGUAGAAGCGAUUUCGGUGAUUUACGACAUCGCUAUUGGCGACUGUGUUUUUACGAGUUUGAGAAGGAUAUGCUUUCUAACCAUAAUUAUGGGCGUAUGAAGCCUGUAAUACGCCAAUUAAAGAAACUUCGGGAUACUCGAGAAUGGGCGAGUAUUGCAAGCUAUUAUCUCGAAACCUUAUGCUACCAUGAAUCAGAAAUGUUUCAUAUUUCUCAGAGAAGAUCAUAUACUUUUUUAUUCUUCAAGAUGUUAGAAAAACUUCAUGAUGCUUUCAAUAAUCACUGCAUAAAAUACUAUUGGGACGAUGAUCUCAAUUUGCUGGAAAGUAUCGGACGUGAGGAAAUGAGGAAUAUGGAAGGUAGAUUAGACAAGAUUUUAAAAAAUAUUAGAAGGACUAUUAAAGACGAUCAGUACGCGAUAGCUAAAUGGGUUUUGAAUAGAGACGAAUUGGAGAUUUUGAAAAAUUUGGAACAUGUAACGAUACCGGAACGCGAAGCGCAACCCCAAUCAAAUCAAUGGAACUGCGUGAUUAUCUGACCAAUCGAGGAAGAAAUCAGCAAUGUUUAUGACGCAGCGUAUCAUAGCAAGACAAUCUGCCUCGGCUGAAUGAUUAUACGAGAAGUUCAAGCCGAACAU